CAAGCGGCUUGUUAGUUUUGUUUGCAAGCUGUGCGCGCGUUGUACAGUUCUAGAGAGUAUGCUAUCUGCGAGAUAGUGCGAGUGGCUGCUAGGAUAUAUAGUAACACUCUCUGUGCACAUCCAGAGUGGUAUAGCUCGAAGUGAGGCACGUUUAUGUAUGCGGGUGCUUUCGUGCAGAACGCUGCCCGUGCAAUGGCUACCUUCUUUGGAAGUUGUCGUGAGCUGUUACUGGAACUGGGAAUAUACUUGUGGUGCACUGUAACGCGAAUGCUUUUUGCGUUGUGGUUCUACUGGAAAAAGCCUUUACAACUGCCACCUGUUACUGACAAGCUUCUUCUUCGUUCUGCUACAUCUCUUGCUGCCGACAGUUAAAAGCGUGGACCUUGUGUCGGCCUACAUCAGACGCAUCCGGGAGGUGCAGCCCGUCAUCAAUGCUGUCGUCGAGAAAAGAUUCGAAGAGGCUCUCAAAGAUGCCGAGGAAGUCGACAGACUGGUGGCAUCGGAAACCAUGAGCUCGAGCUAUAUGAGCAUAAAGAAGCCUCUGCUGGGGCUGCCAUUCACUGUCAAGAACAGCAUCGCCGUCAAAGGCUUGCGACAGGACGCGGGCUCCCUUUUCUGGCAUGGGCGACGUGCCGUCAAAGAUGCCCCAUGUGUGGCAAUGCUGCGGGAAGCCGGGGCCAUCCCGCUGGCGCUGACCAACGUGCCCGAGAUGUGCCUGUGGUGUGACUCAAAAAACCUGGUGGACGGUUGCACGCGGAACCCGCAUGACACACGACGGAGCCCAGGUGGAAGCAGUGGUGGAGAGGGAAGCCUCUUGGCAGCAGCUGGAUCUCUUAUUGGUCUGGGAACCGACCUCGGCGGAAGUGUGCGAAUACCAGCGGCCUACUGCGGAGUAUUUGGCCACAAGCCAACAACAGGAGUAGUGCCCAUCACUGGUCUUAUGCCCGAUGUGGGAGAAAACCUGGCUCAGUUUCUGUGCGUGGGACCCAUGGCCCGGUUCGCGGAAGACUUACCACUGAUGCUGAAAGUUCUGGCAGGAAGUGCCACUGACGUGUUUAGACUAAAUGAAAAGGUUAACCUUAAGAGCCUGAAGCUGUAUUACAUGGACACCGAAGGCAGCCUUUACAUCAGUCGCGUGACAACCGAUGCUCGUCAGGCUGUUAGACUGGUCAUUCAACACCUGAAGGUAGCACAUGGACUCGAGGCGCAGCGGCUGUGCUUGCCAGAGAUACGGUUUGGCAUGUACGUGCUCUCCAAGAUCUUCGGCAUCAAAGGGACCAAGCCCGUGGUCGAGAUGUACAGGCCCGGCGGGCUCAACCCGUUCGUCGAGCUGGUCUACUACCUGGUUGGGGCUGGUCGGCACACACUUGUCGCGUUAAUGGCGUCUUUCACAACGCUGAUUAGCCGCUUCCGUACGACGCAGGAGGGCGAAGCCGUACUCACUGCAAUAGAGAACACCCGCGACCGCUUCGAAGAAAUACUGGGGGACGACGGAGUUCUGAUCUUGCCAGCAGCCACAAGCGCUGCCCCAUUUCAGAAUCAGGAACUUCUAUUUCUCGAUGGAAUCAGCAUGACAGCUUUGUUUAAUCUGUUUAAGGUGCCCGCGACAGUGUGCCCUGUCAUGAAGUCGGCGGACAAUUUGCCCUUGUGUGUCCAGCUAGUCGCGAAGAGAGGAAACGACAGGCUAUGCCUCGCGGUUGCCAUGGAAAUAGAGAAGCGCUUUGGAGGGUCGGAUGAUUAUACAAGAAACUUCAAGAGUUAGCAAAAUAAAGCUUCAUGACCUGGCAGAGCACUCUUGGUGAGGGCUUUUGAAGAUACUUUACUUUUGAGGAAAGUGAUUUUGUGAAAGUGCUGCUCAGGCGAGAAAGGCUAGCGUGUGAAAUCCUUUUGUAUAUUUUACUGCGCAACUAAGGAAGCACAUGGUUCAAGUGUUCGUUAUUUCGACAAACACUUCCAUAUAUGUUGCCACGCUUGACACAAUUCUAGAAUGCUCUUAUCUAGAAACAGCGCGGAGAAACAUUUCCAAUUUUCGUCGUUUGUCUUACAAAAUGCCAGAAUAAAGGAGGUUGCGAUAUUUACAGAA